AUGCCGGAUGCGAUGCUGGAUGCGUAUUUUGCGCGGCUGCAUGGGAAGCCGUUUUUUAUUCUGGAUGAGGCGUCAACCCGCCAGCGCCACCAGAAUGGCCAGUUGCCGGUGUAUUUGUCCAUGGCUAUUUAUGCUUUGACCCUACGGUAUACGACGGUGAAUCCCCCGCCGGGGAGUUUGGAGUACGCCCGCCAGGCCCGGCGGAUGAUCGAUAUCGACCAGCCCUCGAUCGAGAAUCUCCAGACGCUGCUGCUGCUGUCGCAGACAUUCUAUGCGUACGGCUGUGGGAAAAAGGCCUACAUGACUCUAGGAAACGCGGUAUCGAUGGUGCUCGCUCUGGAUCUGUAUCGCGAACUGCCACCCUCCCAUCCAGCGCUCCCGCAGGAACGCGAGAUGCGCCGUCGCCUCUUUUGGUCUGUCUACGUGAUGGAUAGGUUUCUGGCCUGCGGGUCGAAGCGUCCGUGUCUUAUCGCCGACCACUCCAUCGUUGUACGCCUGCCGGCGUCUCACUCUUCCGGUGCUGACCCUGGGGAUUUGUUUAACCCGGUCGGCCCCAAUAUCCCGUACUCGUCGGACCGCCGCAAAACCGCGGGGUCUUGUUCCGCGCUUCUCGUUGAUAUAUCGCGGAUCCUCGGCGUCACGCACCGCUAUCUCGCCGCGGGAGGCGUCAAAGGCGACUCGCACUUCCCAUGGCACGCCCUCUCCAACCUCUCCAAGAUCCGACAGGAACUUGAUCUUUGGGCUGCCGGUACGCAUGACCUCUUUGCGUCCAUAGAGGCCCUCUUCGGCCAUCCAGAAAGCACCCUCCUCCUCCUCUCAAAGCUCAUCUACCACCUCGUCCACUGCCUCCUCUACCGCCCAUUCCUCCCAAUAGACCUCGCCGAGCUCCGCGGCUCAGGCCAGCACCAGAGCUGGCAAAUCGAAGCUACAACCUUGUGCUUCUCGCACGCCAAUGCCAUCGCCGAGCUCGUCGAGCUAGCUCGGCAUGCACCGCGCAUUGAGUGGCCAGACCUCGUGGCCUACUGUCUUACCGUCGCAGGCACAGUACACAUCCACGGUGUGCAUUACCACGGCCGCCGCGACGGGGAGGUCUUUGCAUCCAGUCCGGACUUUUUGACGAGAGAAAUGCACCAGCUUGCGUGGCUGCGGCAGUCGUGGACGGGUGUACAACAUCAUCGUGAUCUCCUCACUACACUAUCCGCCUGCCAUGCGGAUCUUGUUCGAACCCUUGCAGCACGACCAGUGAGGUUCGCGCCGGUCUUCCAUCUGGAGGACUUUCUCGAUCGGUAUCCCGGUAUUGUUGUCGAUGGGAGCCAUGUCCGGCUUGUUGAUGAUGAGCAAAUCGACCUCGACCCCCAACUCCUCUACGCGCCGACGCUCCCCUCUCAACCAAACGACAUCACGCACAACUCUCACGCACGCCACCCAUCUACCUCCCCAACUUCGCUCUCCUUCUCUCCAUCUUCAACAUGGCCCGAUAUCCCCACGGACCCCGAACUACUCAACCAGCCCGCAGGGGCAGGGCCGCCAAACCUCUUCUCCCCAUCCCUCUCCACAGCAACACACAUCCACCUCAGCCAAACACAGUCCCAACCCCAACCCCAAACACAGUCUCAAAUCCAAUACGCAACAUUCCCCUUCGAAUCAACCCCCGUCCCCGUCGAGUCGCCAGACUCGCAGCCCUCGUCCGGUGCUGGCGCCGGACAAAAUACAGGAGCGGCGGCGGCGGCUGCGAAUGAAGAAAAAGAUCCGUUUCUGAGUCUGCUUGAGCAGAUUGCCGAGAACGAGCAUAGCCAGGGCGGGCCGAGUGAGUUGGAUUUCUUUUUGGAGGGGCUGGAUGAGAAGGCUUGA